AUGUUUGACACCAUCUGGUCCUGGACACCCAAUGCCACCGCCGGCGACGAGGGAGGCCGGGUGCUGCAGGGCGCGUGGGAGGCCGGCAUAUCUUCCAGCCGCGCCUACUACUGCACGCGUAGCUCCGCCGUCUUUACGGCGGCUGACGCGGGCGCGUACGCGUUCCUCGUGGCCGCAGACGACUAUGCGCAGCUGGUGGCCACCUGGGCUCCCACCAACGACUCAGCGGUGCUUCCUGGUGCAAAUGCCACCCUUGUCACGCAGCCCCUGAUUAACAUCACCGGGUUUACAGGGUCACUGGACAGCUGGGGCUCCCUGGCACCCCCCACCAGCACCAGCGGCAGCCGCCAGCGCAGUGCCCCGGUGCUGCUGGCGGCGGGCCAGAGGGUUCUGCUGCGCCUCGCGCACUGCAACGUCCAGGGGCCCUCGCUCGUACAGGUCGGCGUUGUCGCGCCUAGCAAGGCUCCUCGCUGGAAUUCCAUCCGCGAGCGGCAGCGGAUCGCCGUUAUCCAGUCGCCUGUUGGCGCCUCGCUGACCCUGCAGCUGCUGGCACCGGCAGGGAGCGCCUUGGACUUCAUUGCUGAUGUGAACUUCACAGGCUCCCUGAACCAGCAGCUGCUGGGUGCGCAGGCGGUGCCUGUGGGCUUGCGCGCGACCGCCGGCAAGCCCGCCGCGACGUCCGCUUACGUUGCCACGUACCCGUCGUACCCUGUCUACCCGCCGAGCGCGCCUUUUGUGCCGCCCCCCGGCGCCGACACCUCGGCGGCGGCGGUCGCGGUGACGCCAAACGUCACCGUGACCGGCUAUGACCCCCGCGUGCGCCGCUGGGCGCUCUGGUUGCAGGGGGGGCCAAGUGCGAAUGGGGGCGGGGCGCCGCAGCGGUACAACUACAGUGAACUGCCGUGGAACGCAAGCGCAGCAGCGCUGACCGCGGUGGUAGGGCCCUACGGCGCGUCUGUGGCGCGGGACAGUGUGCGCUUGGGCACACGAGUCGGCUUUCGGUGGACGGUAUCGUACCCCUACGGCUACACCUUCCCCUGGCGCAGCGGCUGGCUGCCCUCCGCUUCCCCAGACCCCACCGCCCCAUCUGCCGCCACCGGCGGCGCUCCCAACCCCCUGCCAAUCGGCGCCCUGCUUCGCCCCGACCUGGCCCCUGGAGCGAAUGCCGGCGCGCCUGACGCAGCCACCAUGGAGGUGGUGCUGACUCAGCGGCCGUCGGGGCAGUUGAAUGGUAGCUUCACCCUGGCUGCCCCGGGGUACUGUGAUUUGGUCACUGUGCGAAUCACAGACGAUGAGGCGACGGCUGAGGAGGCAAUCAAGAAGCUUCCAGGCCUCUCAGGUGUCCGCGUCUCGCGCUCUGGCAGCACAGACAGCGCCCUCAUCUGGGACGUCACCUUCCCGCCGGCUUCCUCGGACCUCCCGCUUCUGCGCGUCGCGUCGUUCGACCCCACAAACGGCACCCUCCCCCAGAUUUCCGUCUCGGCCCUCGUGAACGCGAGCACCGAUGCCCUGAUCGCCCCGGUCACGGCAGAGUGGCUGCGGCUGCCGGCCGCGUCAGCAGACGGCCUCCAGCUCGAGGUGGACGGAAUCCUCGCGGCGUGUGCGGACGACGGCGGGGCGGGCUGCUCUUUCAGGUUCGCCUCAGACGCUUCUCCCCUGAUAACCUCGUUCCAGCCGACGAUCCUGGACGCGGCUGACACAGACCAGGAAAUGAUUAUCGAUGGCUACGGCUUCGCCCCAAACGUCUCUCAGAACGAGGUCACCCUGGGCUCCCGCCCUUGUGCAAACGCGACAAUUGCGCCCGCCGGCGGCGCCGACCCCUCCCUCCUCCGGCUCCGAUGCAAGGUGGACGCAUCGAAGCUCCCCGCCGGCAGGCGGCAGCUGGCGGUCACGGUCCUGGGCAAGGGCCACGCUGGCUUCGCUGCGGGGGCUGGCGCCGGCGCCUCGGUUUCUCCGUCCUCGGAUCGAGACCUGGCGGUCGAGGCUUUGACCCUUUCCAUCUCCUGGCUUAGCCUGUGGAAUGGUGACAACGUUACAGGACAAUUAAAUGCAUCAGCAAGCCCAGACCCUGGCGCUGGAUCCAACACCACCUCCUCAGCUCCCAACGCGUCAUCCUCGGCACCUCGCACGCUGGAUGACACCGGCUACACCCUCUUCACGGUCGCUGGCAGCGGCUUCGACCCCACUUUCUGCGGCGCCAACCGGGUCAGCGUUGGUGGCAUCCUCUGCGCUGUCGCGGCGUGUGGAGACGGCCGGCUGGUUGUGCUGUACCCUGGCGGGGCUCUGACGCAGCAGCAGCAGCAGCAGCAGCAGAUCAGGAGGCGUCUGCUGCAGGGCAACACGUCUGCGACAGUUGAUGUUCAGGUGGUGGCCGCCGACGGCUCUUCAGCGGCGCUGCCUUCAAACGCCAGCGUCCAGGAGCGGUCUUUGAUGGUUCAGCAGGCGGGCCCCGGCAUUGACCUAUUGUUGGCGCCCUCACCACCCAGCCUGCCAUUCUCAGGCGGCACAGUGCGCUUCACCGUCCGCGGGGGCCUCAAUGUGUCGGACGCACCGUCUUGGCGCGUCUCCCUGCUGCCCUCUUUCUCCACCGAUGCGUUUGCCGCCGACCCGACCACAGCGUACGCCACCCUCUCCGCCGCCCUCGCCGCCGCUGUGCCCUGUGUCGGCCCGGCCGCCGGAGGCGGGGGCGACACCACUGAUUAUGUGGAGUGCAGCGUGGGGUCAAAGUUUGGCCAGGGAAGCUACCUGCUGGCGCUCCAGGUUCCUGGUGGCACGAUGUACGUGCUGCCGAGCCCCGCGAUCAAAGUGUUGUUUGCCGUCACGGGGGUGACGCCCAACACGGGCAGCAUCGGGGGCGGCACGAUGCUCAACAUCACAGGCUCUGGCUUCGCGCCCCCGGGAAACGCCUCGACCGUGGUCGCCUUCAUCCGCGUCCCCGUCAGCACCACCUUCCCCAACGGCCUCGUACUGUGCGAUGUGGUCGCGGUUGCGCCAGAGGGCGACAGCCUGGCAUGCACUACUCGGCGCCACGUCGCCGCGGACGCGACCGCCGACGACCCCUCCGCUCGCGCGGUCGCGCCCCGGCAGACGGCGGCAGGGCUGAUCACCCUCGUUUUGUGUGACCCCCUGUUGACCUCGGAUUUGUCCAAGUUCUUCUGCUGGGCAGACGAUCGCGCCCCCCGCACAAACGGCUGCGCGGCGCCAAACGCGACCUUGGCUGCUGCCUCGAAUGAUACCUUUCCGUCCAACGACACAGCGACAAACAGCUCCUCCGCCUCGCGGCCCUACCCUCCCUGCUCUUUUGCUUACGAGUGGGCUGCAACGCCUUCUCUUUCUUUGAUAACCCCUGCCUCUGGUCCAGCGGGCGCCUCGUCUGCGGGUGCGCUUGCUCUGCUCGGUGCCCGCCUGGGCGGCGUUGCUGCUGUCGCCUUGACCGAUAGCUUUGGCGCCGCCUGGCCGUGCAACGUCACUGCGGCUAACGACACCGCCGUCAGCUGCAUGCUGCCAGCUGGGCUGCCGGCGGGACGAUACACAGUCACGGCAUCCCAGCCGGGCGGACUCUCGGUCACGACCGCGGACUCUGGCGCCCUCAUCUACACCGCGGCGCCGGGCGUGGGCGCCAUCCUCAACAAUGCCGGCAGCGCCGCCGGCGGCGGCGAGCUGACGCUCCGCGCGGCCGGCGCCGGCUUCAACGCCACCAGCCCGGCCGCCAACGUCGUGCUCGUGGGCGGCCGGCGGUGCGAGGUCGUGAACGGGUCCGUUGCCGCGGGGGAGCUGCGGUGCAGGGUGCCCGGCGUGGCGGGGCUGGUGCUGGCGGAGUACUGGCGGCUGGGGUCUGGCACCUACAGCCUGCCCGACCUCAGAGCCUACACCCUUCCUCACGCGACUGCACUCCAGACGUCCAUCGGCGGCACUUGGGGCUACCUGCCCCCACCCGACCUCGGCCAGAGCGACUUCUGGGCGGGGCGCUUCUCCUUCUCAUUUGUGGCCCCGGCCCCCGCCAACUUCACGUUCCGGCUCAUUGCGGACGACUUGGCGGCGCUGUACGUAAACGGCCGCCUGGCCGGCAGCACCUCAUCCGGCCCAAACCCUUUCACCAUCUUGCUUGACGUGGGGUACCACAAUGCUCAAGUGCACUACCUGGAGGUCACUGACUGGGCCUCGCUGGCUGUGAACUGGAACGGGGGCAGCGCCACCGCUGCCCUCACGCCCAUCCCUGCCUCCGCGCUGCUGCUGGCGCGCCCCGGCGAGGCCCAGCCCGUCGCCGCCGGCGUCAACGGCGCCCCGGCUGUAAUGAACUGCGAGAGCGCCACGGUCAACGCCAGCGCCGCGCCAGCGGCCCCGCCGCUGGACCCCUCGGAAGCGCCCGCCUACACCAACCCACCGGGCGCCUGCAUGUACUUUUAUGCCAGUCCCCUCACGCCAGCCUUCUCGUCGGCCGCGCCGCCGCAAGGCAGCACCAGCCUGGCGUCAAUAACAUCUGGCGGCAACCUGACGCUCAACGGCACCCGCCUCAGCGCGUCAACCUCGGACUACUCAAUAACCUUGGGCGGCGUCCCCUGCCCGGCGAUCUCGGCCGACGUGGACGGAAGCGGCAGAGGGUUGGUCACAUGUGACUUGCCCGCGCUGCCGGCUGGUGUACGCGUCCUGCGUGUGCUGGUCGCAGGCCGCGGCUUUGCUAUGAUGCCGCCCGCGCCCGCGGCCGCGCUACUGCCGGCGCCGCAGCCGUGGGAGCUGCCGGUCGCGCACGCGGUGCGGCUCGCGUCGCUGGCGCCGGCAAGAGGCAGCUUCUGGGGGGGAUCCCUCAUCAACAUAACGGGCUUCGGCCUCGCACCGAUGAACGAGAGCGGGGCGCCCGCCGCGCCGGGCGCGGCCGUCACGGCCGCGUCCAUCUCGGGUGCGACGCCUGCGGGCGCGCCGCUGGCGGUGGCCCUGGUGUCUGCGAGCGCGGCCGGAUGGGCGGUGGUGUCAGUCGGGCGCCUGACGACUGCCAAGGCGACACCAUCCACGUUUCAGCUGACAAUCCAGCUGAAAGUCGUUGACCCUGCGACCAACACUACCCUGGGAGCCGGGACCAUCGCCUACACCCUUGACAAAGCGUACGCGCCGGUGGUAUCAGCAGCAAACACGACGGCGACCGCAAACGGGACCCGCCGCGUUGCCCUGUCGUGGCGCGUGCAGCAGGGCACAGGCAGCGCGGCGGCAGGCGGUGGGGGCGGAGCGCCCUGGGCGGCGCCGGCUGGGGCCGGGGCGGCGAGCACAGCUGGCGUCACAUUCCAGGCGGGAAGUGGCGGUGGCGCGGCGGUCGCGGGGCCGCUUUUCAAGUGUGGUGGAGCGACCGUGCUCAACAGCACCCUGAAUGCUACAAGCUACUCGGAAGUGCUGCAAUGUGACCUGCCGGUCGACCUGCCGGCAGCAAACUACACUGCAUGGGUGUGCGCGCCUGUCCUGGGCUGCGGCUGGCGCGCGGCCGUGCUGAGCGUCCCGCUCAAUGUGACAAGCCUGAUACCCGCCACCGGCAGCGGCGCAGGCGGCACAACAGUCACAAUUGCAGGCGCAGGCUUCAGCAGCAACCCCGCCUACGUGGCGGUGCGCUUUGGCGGCAGCCCUUGCGUGGUGGUGGCGGCGUCCCCCACCAACGUGACCUGCGUGACGAGCGCCGGAGCGUUUGGCGGCGCACCGCUGUAUGUGACCCCCACGCUGGGUGCAGAUGAGCAGGCGCUCCCCUUGCUGAACUUUACCUACGACCCGGCCCUCACCCCGCGCCUCUGGUCCGCCACACCUAACCGCGGUAGCACCGAGGGGGGCACGCGUGUCACCCUCUCGGGCGCGUUCCCCUCUCAAUCGUCCGGCAACGUCUCGAUUUGGGUUGGGGCCUUGCCGUGCGGCAACGCGACGCUGGUCAACGCAACUGCCAUAGAGUGUUUGACCGCCAACCCUGGGCUUCCGAAGCCGUUAGUGGCGCUGAGGGUGUCAUACCGCUACAUUGACCUGUGGUCUCGUCGCAGCACCUGGGGCGGCGGCGACCCGCCUUCAGAGGGCGACAGCGUUGUGGUUCCAUCUGGCACUCGAGUGGUCUUGGACGUAUCGCCGCCGGUGCUGGUCGCGGUAGUCUUGGAGGGCAGCCUCGAAUUUGACGACACGGCCACAGACGAGAUACACUUACAGGCCUCUUACAUUCUGCUGAAGGGCGGCAACCUCACCGCCGGCUCCGAGGCCGCGCCCUACCCUGGGAGAGCAACCAUCACCCUGCACGGCCCGCCAGACGCACGAGAGCUCCCCCUGUAUGGGGCCAAGGUCAUAGCGGUGCGUGACGGCAAUCUGUUCCUGAGGGGCCGCCCAAAGCUGCCGGCCUGGACGCGUCUCAACGCCACCGCCCCCGAGGGCGCCACCGAGAUCGUGGUGCAGGGCUCGGUCAACUGGGACAUAGGUGACCGCGUGGUCAUCGCCGCGAGCGGGUUCUACCCAGAGGAGGUGGAUGACGCCCUCGUCACAAUUAUCACCCAGGAGGGCACCGGCGACUCCGCCGUCACCCGCCUGGGCCUGUCGGCGCCCCUGCGCUUCACGCACCUGGGGGAGCGCCUCACCUUUGCCGGCGACGACCGCGGCCACGUCCUGGACAUGAGGGCGGAGGUGGCGGUGCUCAACCGCAGCGUCCGUGUGAUGGGGGACCCCUCCAGUGCGGACACUAUGUACGGCGCACACAUCUUGGUCAGCAGCCCGAUGGGUGCGCCCAGGGCCACGGCGCGCCUGGACCACGUGGAGCUCACUCUGGUUGGACAGGCCUUCAGGGUCCUGCUGUCAGGCAACGUGGCUUUCAACAACUUUGGGCACGCUUACUUCCUGGAGGACGGCAUCGAAACCGGCAAUGUGAUCGAGGGCAACCUUGGAAUGAUGACAAGGCGGACGAACUCAGGACUCAACACAGACACAACGCCCGCCACGUUCUGGAUCACCAACCCCAAUAAUACCGUCCGAGGAAACGCGGCGGCAGUUCACGCGCUGGGGGAGCACUCGGCCAACACGGCACACAGCAACAUGUUUUACGGCCUGAGAGUGCACCCUGAGUACUACCCCCGCCUGGACCCCUGCAACAACAAUCGGUUCGAUCAGGUGGGCCUAGUAGUCUUUUCCAACCUGACGGCUGCCGACUGCGGCGGUGGCCCCAAAGCGCACCUUGUGAAUGGCAAAGAUCAUGGCGGUGGCGUCGAGUUUGCCUGGAUCUUGGACGACAGGCCGCGCAACGGUAGUAUACCGCCCAUUGCCAUGGCAGGCGUGCGCAACGCGCUCAUUGUCACGCGCACGUCCGUCGGUCGCGCUGGCAGCGCGGGCGCCUGGCCCAGCAGCCGCGGCAUCAACGUCACCUUUGUUGGCUUCACAUCUGAGGAGGCCGGCCCACAAUUCCAGGCCCUGGAGGCAUGCGCUAAGUGCAAGACGUACCAGGGCGGUGCCACGACACUGCUGUCUGGCAUCAAGUUCCUGCAGUCAGCAGCCGUGCCGCCCCGCCUGGCAGACUGGAGCUAUGGCCACCAGGGCGUUUACGUGGACACUGACGGCACCCUGCUGACGCCAGCCACGCUGCCGGCGGGGGCGCUCCUCCCAAAUGCUUCUUACCACGGGUGGACCCUGCCGGCCCCGGGCGCCAGCUUCCAUUCCGAUGUGGAGAACGGCAUGUUUGGCGACAGGGACUGCGUUUACCUGGGGGCGGGCAAGGGCGCAGUGUGCAGCCCCCAGCUGUCGUUCCGGCGCAUCAUGCUCAACAAUCAUGCGCCUCCAGAGCUUAAGUUCAGGGACCUGCUGGUGACCAGUGACGCCAACCGCACCAGCACGGUGCACUUUACGGAAUACAAUGAGCAGGGGUACCAGUUCACGGCCGCCACCAAGGGGCGCUACUGGCUCCACUGGGCGGCCCCCUUCGAGCUCAAUCCCACCCGCCUGCGGCUGCAAAAGCCGGACAUCAUGACGACUGCUGGCGGGUGGCUCAAGAUGCUGGUCAAGUGGCCGCAGAUAUACCAUCACAUGAAUGUCAACAACACCCCCUCACUGCUGGGCGCCCCUGUCGACCCAGUGGCAAACCUCAGCGCCGCACGCCAUGGGUCCACGUACUACAACCGCACCCUCGCGCCCCUUGGGUGGUGGUACGGCAAUGCCACAUACGACGCCACGGUGGCAGAGGUGCGCGUGUGA